AUGGAACACGAAAGAUGUUACAUAUACACACCUCCAGAGCAGGAGACUACGCUUGAAGAGGCCGACAGCGCAACACAAGGGAAGAUUGUCAACUUUGUCACAGCUAAUGCACCUUCGGAAGAUGAACCGCGGAUAUCUAUUCCAACCGGACUCAUUGUCGCUGGACCCAGCAUUGCGUCUCAUGGCCCCUAUUUCGAACGAUUGGGACGAAGGAUCAGAGACGACACGGGUAGUUCCUAUGUUGUUCUGACCUCUGGAGAAAGCCCCAAUCUGAAAACGUUCCUGAAGAACCUCAUCAAGAAGAUCACGUCGCGGACCGAAGAAGACGACGACGAUGAUGAUGAUGGUAUCGGCCGUGUCACUAGCUCAUCGAGACGGGGACCAAAGCUCCUUGAUUUCGAUCUUGGCCAUGUUCUGGAAUGGUCUUCGAGGAAUCGUGUUCAAAGCAUUGUUGUAGCAAUCCAAGACAGCGACGCCUUCGAUACAGGGCUUCUGGUCGAGAUGGUCGAUCUUUUCUAUUCUUGGCUUGAUCGCUUACCUUUCGUGCUCCUGUUGGGCAUUGCUACAUCUGCGGAAAGCUUCGAAGACCGGCUCUCGGGAAAGUCAUUGCGCUACUUGGAUGGUCAGCAGUUUGAUGUUACCCAGUCAGAUGAAAUCAUCGAGAAAUUGUUCCGUGCGACCGUUGCGCAUCCUGGCACCGAACCUCAAAUUGGUCCUGCUAUCUGUCGACGCAUUCACGAAAGGCAGAAGGAUCAUGUACAAAACGUGCAAGAUUUUGUGCAUGGCCUGAAGUAUGCGUACAUGUCACAUUUCUACGCAAACCCCGCAACUAUCUUCUUGAAACCGGAACCUACGUUCACAGACUUCUCUCCCGAAGCAUUCGAGGCGGUACGGAAUUUACCAUACAUAGAGGAGAAGCUUGAGGUCGGCGAGACGCAGGACGUACGAAAGUUGUUGGACUCUGAUAAGUUACUGUUUGAGGUUAUCAAAGAGCUCCUAGUCACCGUCAAGGGUUCCUUAUCUUCGCUCAGCAUUGCCGCCAUAGUUCUGACACGGAUACGCGAGUCGCUGGGAAACACGCCCAGAGUCCGACUGUCCACCGUGUGGGCUCGAGCUGCGUCUGGCGAUUUAUUAGAAUCUCCACUUCUUCGCGAGACCAUGCUCUCCAUCAAGAAGGCUCCUUCGGAUCGGCUGAUGCGCGUAAUUGAUUCAUUAAUCGAUUUUACCAAGCAGGAUGCCAAUAUAGACAGUGAAGACAUCGACCUUCCCGUUGAGCUGGAACGACUCCACGACGAGCUAAAGACCCUUAUCGAAGAGAACGCGAGCUCAGGGCCUCUGAGAAGUCAAGACGAUGUGCGCAACGAGAGCGUGAGAACGACGGUAGUGGCUCAAAAAGUCCUUUUGAGCAAACACAAAGCUGCCCUAUCCGAACAAGACAAGGCCUACUCAGAAGUUGUGGCGAAGUUGUACCAACAACUAGACUCAUAUUUCCGCUUCGCACUUGUCGAUCCGCGGACGUUCUUCUUAUACGAAAUCCUUGUCUACGAUCUGAAGUCUCCUCACACGGAGGUCUUCCAGCCUAAGCCUCGCCUGGCCAUUGAGCGCGCUCUUACAACACCCCAUGACUAUCUCGGUUGCCAAUGCUGUGGUGCUAUGCAAGACAGUGAAAACACUCUUGCGUCAACCCAACCUGAGACUGCUAUACUGUAUCAGCUGUAUCUGGAAUCCGGCGCUCUGAUUAACGCCAGCGAUCUGUGGUCGGCUUUUAACGCAAUUGUUGGAAAGGAGGAUGAAGAAGACCAGUCGCAGACCAUGGCUCUUUUCCAACGCGCUCUAGCCGAGCUCAAGUUCCUCGGGCACGUUAAGCCAAGCCGAAAGAAGGCCGACCACGUUGCAAAGAUGAUGUGGAAAGGUCUUUAA